AUGGGCUCCGUCGUCCUCAACGUGCCCUCAGAUAACAUGUUGGGAGGCGCAAUCAAUUCGGAUUCCUAUUCUCGUUCUAUGGACUCGACUUCCUCAAACACCCCCACCUCUGCCCCACCGUCUGUAGGCUCUGCUCUUCCUGUGCAUGCGAAUGAUGUACCGGCUUACAUCAACUACACACCUUCACAAGCUUCUCGCGCCUCUUCCGAUACUCCUACUUUUACCCCACGACCACCUUCAAUGACGUCUCACCCUUCCUUUCCUCCCGACUCACGUACCCCACCAACACAGACCGGCUACUCUAAUCAGUCGGCGCCGGACUCACCGCGUCUCCAACCCACAUACCAGUCCAUGCAGUCCGUGCCAGGCUCGGAAGCCAAUUCACCGAGCCGCAUUCGUGUCCAAAGUUUAUCUCAUAUCCAAAGUCUCGCUAAUGAGGACUUCAUCGGACCGAGCUCACACACUCCCGGAACUGGGUCGCAACGACAAUAUGAGAUUAGCUCCAUGCCGGUCACGGAGAUCAUCGAGAUGGUUGCUGGGCUUUUAACUAAGAUCACGACUACAAACGAUAUGCAUCAUGAACAUGUACAUCGCCACAUCCCCCCGCCCGAAGGCACAUCCAACCUUAGCCCGCAAGCCACCAGCGUCCUCGCCUUCCAUGGCAAGAAUGUCCCGACCAUAACAAUCUUGAGUUAUUUAACUCGCAUCCACAAAUAUUGUCCCACAACAUACGAGGUCUUUCUAAGCUUGUUGGUCUACUUUGACCGCAUGACUGAGCUGGUCAACCGCGAUCAGCUGGAAAACCUACACCAGCGUUGGGAUUCUGCCACGGGAUCUGAAGCUUCGUCCGACUCUACUGAAUCCCCAGCCCGCCACAUGCAGGAUUCUCUAAUGGCCACACCACCCCACUCAACAGGCUUCAUUGCGCAGGACUCGCAAGGAUCGAAUGCUUCAAAUUCGCCCGGCCUUUCGUCUCAGUCGGAUGCCGAGGCACUUUCACAUUUCUUCGUUGUUGAUAGCUUUAAUAUCCAUCGACUGGUCAUCGCUGCCGUGACCUGUGCGAGCAAGUUCUUCUCUGAUGUUUUCUACACCAAUUCACGUUAUGCAAAGGUUGGCGGACUUCCACUGGUGGAGCUCAACCACUUGGAACUACAAUUCCUCCUUCUAAAUGACUUCCGACUCGCCAUUACCGUCGAAGAACUCGAGUCAUAUGGGACAAUGCUCGUGGAGUUCUACGCACGAGAGGUUGUGACACAGCAACAGCAACAUCAUAACAGAACCCUUCCUCGAGAGAUCGCUCCCCCGGCGACCGACGCAUACUCCGAUGCCAUGUACAUGCGAUCCCGCGAUAAGCCCCGCGAUAAGCCCCGCGGCCAUGCAGAGUUCGGACAAACUCCCACACCACCGUAG